GACAAAACAUUUGGCCUGAAGAAUAAAAAAGGUGCAAAACAACAGAAAUUUAUCAAGGCUGUGACUCACCAGGUUAAAUUUGGUCAGCAAAAUCCACGUCAGGCCGCUCAAACAGAAAGCGAGAAGAAAUUAAAAAAAGAAGAUAAGAAAAAAGAAUUACAAGAAUUAAAUGAACUCUUCAAGCCUGUGGUUGCUGCACAGAAAAUUAGCAAAGGUGCUGACCCCAAAUCUGUAGUUUGUGCUUUCUUCAAGCAAGGCCAAUGCACUAAAGGAGACAAGUGCAAGUUUUCUCAUGAUUUGUCCUUGGAAAGAAAGUGUGAAAAACGAAGUGUCUAUAUUGAUGCAAGAGAUGAGGACCUUGAAAAAGAUACAAUGGAUAACUGGGAUGAGAAGAAGCUGGAAGAAGUGGUGAACAAGAAGCAUGGUGAGGCGGAAAAGAAAAAACCCAAAACUCAAAUAGUCUGCAAAUAUUUCCUUGAUGCUAUUGAAAACAACAAAUAUGGAUGGUUUUGGGUCUGUCCGGGUGGAGGAGACAACUGCAUGUAUCGCCAUGCUCUCCCUCCAGGUUUUGUAUUAAAAAAAGACAAAAAGAAGGAGGAAAAGCAAGAUGAAAUAUCUUUAGAAGAUCUUAUAGAAAAAGAGCGUGCUGCCUUAGGACCAAAUGUUACCAAAAUUACUCUAGAGUGUUUUAUUGCCUGGAAGAGAAGGAAAAGACAAGAAAAAAUUGAUAAGGCUGAGCAAGAUAUGGAGAGGAGGAAAGCAGAUUUCAAAGCUGGCAAAGCAUUGGUGAUUAGUGGACGUGAAGUAUUUGAGUUCCGACCAGAGCUGGUUGAUGCAGAUGAUGAAGAAGCAGAUGACACCCAUUAUAUUCAAGGAACAGGAGAAGAUGACGAGAUGGAAGACCCUGUGUGCAUAAAUGAUGUAGAUUUGAACCUGUAUGUCCCAAAGGCUGUAGAUGAGACUGGUAUUACUGUGGCUAGUCCUGAGCGAUUCAGCACAUACACUUCAGUAGAAAAAGAUGAUAAUAAAUUAAGUGAAGCUUCUGGUGGUGAUAUAAACAGCAGUGAGCAAAAUGAUUUAGAGGAAGAUAAUGACGGAGAUGGGGAGUUGGAAAAUGGAGUAAUUGAUGCAGUUCCGGUUGAUGAAAAUCUUUUUACUGGAGAGGACUUGGAUGAACUAGAAGAAGAACUAAACACUCUCGAUUUAGAAGAAUGAAUUAAAAAGCUCAAGUGAGGAGUUAAAUCUAUGUGACAAAGUGAAAACUGACUACGUUUUUUCUCCUUUUUGAAUAGAAUUCUUAAACAGGAUGUUUAUGGUUACCCAGCUGAUUCUGAUGGGCACAUCAUAUACCAGGAAUACUUUCCUUCAGUCUCGUCUACUCCCAUCUUGACUAUGCUCACAGUAAAAUAUUCAAAGUAGUUCAGAAUUACCUGACAGCUGAAUUUGCAGCUAAUGAGAUUAUAACUUUCAACUAAAAGUAGGAAGUGUAACUGCUUUGCCGGUAUGCGAGUGUAAGUGGGCAAUUUGAUACCAGGUACAGUAUAAAAAUCAAAGUAUACAUUCUUCACCAGAACAGCAUUUUUCUUAGUGAUUGUGUUGAUUUGGAAACUGCCUGAAGUGUUUUUAGGCAGUGUACACUAAUGGAGCCGAUGCAGAUUAUGGUUCUUUAAGUGGUGAUUAGCUUUAUUUGAUCAGCUGGAUACUGAAGAUUGUGAACUGAUACGUCCUACAAUACGAUACGGUGCCCUCUGUUUAAAGUGUUUUAAACUUUCCCACCGCCUUUUGCCAACAAAACUGUAAAUAAAAAUUAUCAACUUUAAAAUACCUGUGUUGAUUUUUCUCUCUUAAGUUAGGAUAUCAGACCAAACUGUUAAUAACUUCAUUUUCUAAUGCAAUGAUAAACAGUUUUGUCUCCAGUCCAGAUACAGAAGUGAUGAUGUUGACUUCAGUUAAAUUAGGGCUAAGAGCAAUUACAUUUUUUUUCUACUCCUUAUGCAGUGUAAAACU